AUGUCAAAUAUUAACGGGGGAUUCGUAUCGUCCUAUUCAUCCUCGUCAUCCUCAUCGUCCUCAUCAUCACCAUCUCUACCAACGAUUCCCAAUUUCCAUCAACACAAUAACAACAAAUCGAUUGCUGAAUUGUCACCACCAAAAUCAUCAACCAAUAUCAAUAUUGAAGAGUACCAUCAUAUUCAACAAACAGGACAACUACAACAAAAAACAAUGAUUCCAUCAGUCACUAAAUUAAAAUCACAAUCUGAUCUAAUGGAUAUUUCAUAUUCGGCAUCACUCCCAACUCCGACAUUGAUCAAUCCAACUACUACCAACAACAACAACAAUGUCAACAAUACCUCUAAAAUUCAUCCCAAUUCACUCCCAUCAUUAAACUCUAUUGAUUGGAAUUAUAACAAUAAUAAUAAUAUUAAUAAUGGUCAACAACAACAACAACAACUGCUCAAUAGCAACAAUUCGAGCAUUACAAAUAGCCCUACGAAUCACCAUGGCAGUAUGAAACAAAUGACAUCAUCAAUGGUACUAGUCACUGAGGGAAGUGGAGCUGGCGCAGGAGCACCGUCAUCGCCAGAAAAUGAACACUCUGCCAUGGAAUUUAAAUCGUUUGAUCGCAAGGUAGCAAGCGCAAUCGAUAGUUUUGGAAAGUUUGAAUCGCUACAGAAACAAUACGAGUCGCAAAUGGGCCAGAUCAUGUCUCAGAUGGAACGUGAGCAAAAACAACGAGCUCAAAUUGAAGACACUUGCACUACUCUCCAAAACGAAAACUUGAAACUAAGGCAAGAUCAUAAAUCGAUCAACAAGAAAUUGAAAGAGUUGGAGAAAUCAAACGAAUAUUUGAUGAUGAUGUUACAACAAAAGAUCAAUACUCCUAUUUUACAACAAACUACUUCUCCACCUCCUCCACCUUCAUCUCUUGUCCAACAACAACAACCACCACCUCAACUAACCUUUACACCACCAUCCAACUCUUUUAGUCCGAUUCCCAACAACAAUAAUAACAACAUAAUACAAAAAUCACCAAGUCCUUCAAAUAUUUCUGGACCACAUCCUUUAAAUGAUAAAUCCAUUUUAUUAUUAAAAAAGAAGAAAAAAGGAGAUGAAGAAUUGGUUGCAGAAACAUUGGGAUCAUUUGUUGAAUUGACAGCAUCACGUAAACCAAUGUUGAAAAGAUCAAAUAGUGAAGAUUCAUUUAUGCAUUCAAUCCCCUAUCAUUUGAAUGGUGGUGUUCCUGGUCAUCCAGCAACAUCUCUGAAUAGUAAUAAUAAUAAUGUUAUUCCUACAACUGCAGAUGGAUCGUCGUCAUUACCAAUGAGUGGUGACUAUCCAUUUGCUCAAUUUGGAUCACUUGGUCAUAUUCAAGAAGAACAAUCAAAGCUCAAAAAGAGAAGAUCAGAAUUUGGCAACAAGGAUGACCCAAAGAAAAAGUCAUUGUCAAGUCUACCAUUAUUAACCAUCAACAAUACAAAUAAUAACCUUCAUAAUUCAUAUCAUCAACAACAUCAAUUACAACAACAGAAAUCAUUUAAUCUACUAAAUAACAUUAAAAUUGAACAAGAUCAACAACAACAAGGAAACUCUUUGAAAUCAUCUGCAACGAUUUUAAGAAAACAACAACAACAAAAAUUACAUAUACCCGAUUUAGAGACAGAUGUAGAUACAUCUGAUGAAAUUGGAGACUUUAGUCAAAACAAUACACCAAUGAAGAGUAGUGGAGGUAUUAUCAGAAAUAGUGGUAGUAUUCCAUCGGAAAAUGACGAUGAUCCUAGAAAUGGUAGUUCAUCACCCAUUGAAGCACCCAUGUCUGAUGCUAACCUGUUCAAGUCGAUUGCUGGCACGGAUGACACUCCCCACGAGGCCACACUCAACGAGAUCCAUCGUCUCCAACUCCAACAACACGAGGUGUUGGAAAAGAUGGCACUCGCACAAAAGCAACUGCUCAUUGAACACCAUCAGAUAUUGACGGGUCACAUUGCACCGACUCCACUCAACACGGCGCGUAUUGAAGAGACCUAUGCAACACUACAAGUCGAGCAAAAGAAGUUGCAUGGUCAAAUCGACUCUGAAGUGACUGCUCUCAACCAGAUGUACUCUCAAACUAUCCUUGAACCCAACCAACUGUGUAAACUCGAUAUUCUCAACCAAGAGCUCGAGAUUCAAAUGAAGCAAUUGCAAAUCUACCAACUCGAAUUGUCACGUAUCAACAGUCCUGGUGGUGGUCCAGAGCAAACAUCUGCCUCCAUGUCAUCGUCACACACUACAGCACUUGUCAUCACCAAACAACCAUUCCCAAUGGUUAUUAGCAAGUUUAAACAGCUUCAAGAGGAUCAUCUAACUGUGCAACUAUUGACUGGCUCCAAUUCAGAUAUUGUUUGGUUCUCUCCCAUUAGAGCCGAGUUGACCUUCCAUGCCAAGGCGUUGACUGGUCCCGGUGGUAGUGGUGGUAGUGGUAGUGGCAGCGGUGCCAGUGGUAGUGGAACAGGAAAGAAUAGUGGUGCCAACUCACAAAAUGUCGUUCAAAACAACCACCUCAAAAAACACAUUGAAAAGGAUACCCAAGUCCUCGACAUGUCCAAGGGAACUGCCAAAUUCCCAAUCAAAUUCCUUACUGGUACACGUAAGGGAUGUGUCAAAUUACAUUUCCAACUUCAAGCAAGAACAACCGAUGGUCAUACUUUUAAUAUUCCAAGUGGUUCAAGCCAGCCUUUUAUUGUCAUUACAAACGAUUGUCAAUGGGAAGGUAGUGAAGGUACUUUAUUAAAAAAGGAAUCAUUUAAUGAAAAGUUUGAAAUAACAUGGCCAAAUUUUGUAAAUAUUCUUCAAAAACAUUUUUUGAAAGCAACCAAACAGAGUCCAAUUCAACCAACAAGACCCUUAUCAAAUUAUGAUUUCCUCUAUUUAAAUGCAACCUUUUUUGGAUCCAGAUUGAUUGUUCAUCACAAAGAGUUUGAUCACUUUUGGUCUUGGUUUGGCAAAUCACUGCAAACGUUGCGUUACAAGAGACACAUAUCGACGCUCUGGCAAAAUGGUCUCAUCUUUAUGUUUUUGAAAAGAGAAACUGUAAAUAAUAUCCUAAAGGGUCAAGAGCCAGGAACCUUUGUAAUACUUUUUUCCGAAUCAUUUGCCGGACAACUCGAAAUUUCAUAUGUAUCACUUGACAAGCAACAAGAAUCCCCUCUCUCUUUGUCGUCGUCUCUAUCCAACUCGUCGUCUGCCAUUCCUCCUCCACCAUCGUUGGCAUCGGCCACUACCAGUACCACAGAUAUCAAUGGCGGCAGUGGUAUUGAUCAAUCGUCACAGUCGUCUGCCACCAAAAUCAAACAUUAUUUGGUUCAACCAAACGACACAUCGGGAAGUAAGAGAACACUGCCAGACUUUUUAAACGAAUGCCCCCAAUUUACACAUAUUCUACAACUCAACGUCCCCUCUUUGACCGGUACCAGUGGAACCGCGGUUCCACAAUUCAAAAAAGAACCUAAAAAUCAAAUCCUCGAGCCAUAUUACAGUAAGAGACAAAAUCCACAAUCAUAUUUAGGCAAUGGUUAUGAUCCUUUAAAUUAA